UUUUAUUAAUCCUAUAAUGCCAAAAUAUAUAUUUAUGGAGAACUUAAAUGCCUUAAAAACCGAAUUUCAGGUAGAAUUUAAAAGCAGGAUAAGAUACGAACAAAUACUUUACUUCUCCGCACAAACUGGUCAUCCAGUCAACAUGUGUUCUGAAGACAAUUUAACAGAAAUAAUAAAUAAUACAGAUUAUGACAAAUUGUACGAUAUGAUGGACAGAUUUAAAAAGCGCCACUACAGCGCUCACAGAAUGAAGCUAGCAAUACGGUCGGGACUGUCGUUGGAUACAAUGGAAAAAUUUGUCAAAGCGUGCUUUGUCCAUGUACCAAAUAACAGAAUGCCUCCAGAUAAUUUUUCCAAAUUUAAAAAGAAUCUUCCUUUUGAUAUUUCCGCUUUCCGAAAAAUGUAUAAAGUUAAUGAUAAUACGGAACAUUUGACACGAUUACAAAUAACGUGGGCCUUACCUUCAUUCUCCGAUUUUUAUAAAUGUAAUUCAUAUCAAUAUAUCCCGUGGAUUAUUGGAUAUAAAGGAAAAGGUUCCUUAAUUAGUUAUCUACGACAAAAAAUGUGGAGUCCUAUAUCAGACAAUAAUAUGUUUUAUUGUGAGAUUCAACAAAAUUCUAUAUACAGCUUACUACAGCUCAUCAUACCACUCACUUCUAAAGGACAAAAACAUCUGGAAGAUGUUUUAGAUGCAAUAUUUUCUUUUAUCAAUUUAUUAAAGACAGAAGGUCCGCGGGAAGAAAUUUACAAUAACAUUUUUAAGAUUAAACAACAUAUUUUUAGGUAAA